CGUGGGUGGGGGAGCGGGGCGCUGUGACCAAGGGCUAAAGCGGGGAGGUGAGUCAGUCACCUUGAGCAGGGAGAGUGCCGUGGGCCGAGCAGGGGCUGCAGGGGAGCGGGAGUGCAGAUUGAAAAAUGCAGACCACCAAGGCACUGCUCGUUUCUCCAGUUCUGAUCCGCUCCUGUACCAGGGGUCUAAUCAGGCCUGUGUCUGCUUCCCUCUUGAGUAGACCAGAGGCCCCAUCUAAACAGCCUUCCUGCAGCAGCUCCCCUCUCCAGGUGGCCAGACGGGAAUUCCAGACCAGUGUUGUUGCCCGGGAUAUUGACACAGCUGCCAAGUUCAUUGGCGCUGGGGCUGCCACAGUUGGAGUGGCUGGAUCAGGGGCUGGCAUUGGAACAGUGUUUGGUAGCUUGAUUAUUGGCUAUGCCAGGAACCCGUCUCUCAAGCAACAGCUCUUCUCCUAUGCCAUUCUGGGCUUUGCCCUGUCUGAGGCCAUGGGGCUCUUCUGUUUGAUGGUCGCCUUCCUCAUCCUCUUCGCCAUGUGAGGCUCCAUGGGGUCACCCAGCCGUCCCUGCUGCUUCGACUCCAUGCCGGUCCUGGUGCUGGAGUGUGCUAAGCUUUACCAUUAAACAACGUUUCUCUAAACCACA